AUUCGCGUGGAUGGCCCCACUAAGAACACACUGGAGUACGAGAUUGUGCAGGUGGUUGAUUCUGGCCCCAUAUUGCGAGAUAUGGCCUUUUCAGUGGACCAUGAACAUCUGUACAUCAUGUCUGAGAAGCAGCUCACCCGGGUGCCUGUGGAGUCGUGUAGCCAGUAUGAGACCUGCAGCGAGUGCUUGGGCUCAGGGGAUCCUCACUGUGGAUGGUGUGUGCUUCACAACACGUGCACGAGGAAGGAGCGGUGCGAGCGCUCCAGCGAGCCUCGGAGAUUUGCCUCGGAGAUGAAGCAGUGUGUCCGGCUUACCGUGCAUCCCAACAACAUCUCUGUCUCACAGUACAAUGUCCUGCUUGUCUUGGAGACCUACAAUGUCCCUGAGCUGUCAGCAGGAGUUAACUGCACCUUCGAGGACCUGUCAGAGAUGGAUGGUUUGGUGGUGGGCAGUCAGAUCCAGUGCAUCUCACCAGCUGCCAAAGAGGUGCCCCAGAUCAUCACAGAAAAUGGAGACCAUCACAUUGUCCAGCUCCAGCUUAAGUCCAAGGAAACGGGUAUGACUUUUGCCAGCACCAGCUUCGUCUUCUACAACUGCAGUGUCCACAACUCGUGCUUGUCAUGUGUAGAGAGCCCCUACAGGUGCCACUGGUGCAAAUACCGCCACGUCUGCACUCACGACCCCAGCUCCUGCUCCUUCCAGGAAGGACGAGUCAAGCUGCCAGAG